AUGCGUGAUCUAGAAACAAAAUUGGGUCCUGGACGAAUCGAAUUUUCACAAGAGGUCAGAUUGAAGAUGUCGUUGACCGAGAAGUUCAUACAAGUAGGUUACUUUUCAUUAAUUUCCUGUCAAUUCGACUGUUUUAUUAAUGUGUGCUGUUGUGACGGCAAAAUUUUGUUUUACUGGACAUUCCGGGAACCUUACUUGAUGCCGUUUUAUGGCAGUUUUUUUGACACAUGCCUACCAGGUAAAGAUAGCACAGAACUCGACCCAUGCCUUGGAUGCUCUGAGAAAUUAUCGAAUGUAAAACUGUUCAGACAGUGUAAUGCUAUCGAUAUAAAUUUAGCAUUAGGAGCCGAAACGUCAAACUGCGCCGUUUGCCAUUGCCGUCCGAUGUGGUGCGUGUCGUGUAUGGCUCGGAUAUUCCUCGCCAAGCAGGAUCAAUCUCGACCGGCUUCGUGGCUUGAAGGGACUUGCCCAUGUCCCACUUGCAGAGCAGUUUUCUGCAUUAUGGAUGUGGCACUGCUCUCUUAUUUCGAUGAAGAGAACUCGGACGAGUUGGGGAGUGAAGAAGAGUGA